UUUUGUAUAAUAACCUUCGAGCUGCAACAGUGCACUGAAAAAAUAGCAUUUAUUUUCGAUAUGCCCUAUUAUUGUGGAAACAUGUAUAAUUGCAACCGUAUGUAAGAGUAUUAAAAAGAUUAUAAUCAUCACAAAACAGCUUUUGUUUGUGUAAAAAAUGACCAACAACCAGCCCGGCUAACUGAUGGACAAUCAAUAGAAACUGAAAGUCAAUGAAGCGAAAAUUGUGGUCGGUGCAGGGGUACGAAAAUAAUUUUUUGUGAGAGGCACAUAAGGGUCCUACAUUUACAAUUGAUAUAAACGUUGACGUGGUUUUUUGAUAUGUGUACAUUCGGUAGUACUUGUACUAAAUAUUUCCGAUAUUGUCGUCUCGGGAUUUAAAACCGCAUGACGACUAUAUCCAUGAGCCAUUAUUUAUGUGCUGUACGCAUUUGUUUCGUAGAAUUGUGUGUGGCUAGAGCGUGCGUUAUCGCAAAUCAGUUUGUAUUUGUUUAGUCACUGAGCUUUGGCUGCCACAGUGAGUUUAAUUAUAUUUUGAUUAGCUGUAAGGCGUUCGCAUUGAGAUAUUUUUUUGAAGAGCAGAUGAAGAAACUUUUAACAAAAAGAAUUCGUAGCAUGGACGUGUCUAUGGAUGAUUACCAUAGUGCCAACGACGAAUCGUUCGCAAAUACUGCGUACACAGUAUCUCCAACGAAAAAUGCACAAAAUACACCAACAGCAACAUUAGCUGCACGUAAGCAGUUAGCGCCAACUGCUACCGACGCCAAUGAGCCCGCCAAGCCAUUGUCAGCAUAUGGACUAUUCUUUCGCGAUACUGUUAGCGCUAUAAAACAACAAAAUCCAAACUGUACUUUUCAGGAGUUAUCGCGUAUCGUUUCAUCUAUGUGGGAAGCGCUAGAUUCGAGCCACAAAAAUGUGUACAGCAAAAAGCAUGAAGUGGCGCAGGCCGAAUAUAUGAAACAAAUGCGCGCUUAUCGGCAACAACAGGAUGAACAGCAACAACAAUUAGCAGCUAAUGUGAAUGCUACACCAGCGCCUGCUUUACAAACAAAACCCGCUGUGUUCACAAUCUCACGCUACAACAAUGCAGACGACACCAGCAAUAACACCAGUCAGAACAAUCUUGCCGGCAACAAUGAAACAACCGUUAGUGCUGCACAACCACCGGUGCAAGCGGCAACGCCAACUCCAACUACAGAAACAAACAGCGCAGUGAACGAUCCACCACAGCCACAAAUGCAAAUGCUAAGUGAAGCGGGUGCAGUGCAGAAAUGCACACGCGAGAAUUGUAAUAAACGCGCUAUCAUCAAUCCCGAUUGGGAAGAUGAGUAUUGUAGCAAUGAGUGUGUCGUCAUACACUGUCGCAAUGUGUUCAACGCUUGGGUACAAUCGAAUCUGGAGUCGCGGAAGCAAUAACAGCGCGCUUAUUGGGGUGGCGGAACGGCAAGGAAGUAAAACGUUUACUUCCGAAAUCUCUUAACAAAUAAUGGAGAGUGAGUCAUAGAUAAGAGAACACGCUGUUCAAAUUUAUUGCGCAGCAUUAUAUUUCUUCAGACUUUCCAAAGAUUGCUAGACUUGCAGCUUAACUCCUGGCUCAAAUUAUAGUAAACUGUAAUUGCUAAUUGUUUUGCAAUUUCCAAUUGCAGACUUUGUAAAAUUAACUUAUUUAUAAGCUAGCUAUAAGUUUAGCGCAUAUAAUGGAAUUCUAACUGAAGAAUUGAGUUCCAAUAUAAAUAACUUUUUGAUAAAGAUGUAGUAUUUAUUUCUAAUUUAAGAAAUUUUAUUAAAACAGCACAUCUGUGCCGAGGUCCACAGAGUUCAUAACUUACAUUAUUAACUCUGUGCUGAAAUUUAGCAUAUGGUUGCUUAUACUUACAAGUAAAUUGUAAUAAAUAAUUGUAAAAAAAUAAAAACAAAAUUAUUAUUACUGAAUUUGUUAUAUUAAUGUUUUAUUAAUACAUUUCUUGGUUUUCUUGCAAUAUUUGUAUUUUUUUGAAAAAAGCAAAAGACAUUUUAUACCGUUUUUUCUGUUUUUAGUUUUAAUAUUAAUGUAUAUUUUAUAGCAUAAUACAAGUAACGCACACACUUAUAAAUUUGUGAAAUUCUUUAUUUGCUAACUUGCAGCCAGCCAAUACAAUACCAAUUACAUUCAUUUCUGUGGUUUCAACUGGCAAACUUUCAAAAGAAAAGCUCAAAUCAGAAAUUUAGAAGCACAAAUAUUUGUUUGUAUGUAUAAUACAGUUACUUAAAACUAAAAUUUCAUGUUUGCCGUAUUUUAUAAAAUUAAGUCGUUUUCGCAGUAUCCGUGUAAAAAUGUAUCUUGAGCUUACGAAUAUAAGUUUUUUCAAUAGGCUAAUAUACACUUACGCGUAAUGUAUAUUGGAGCGCAUAUCACCUAAUACAUUUCAUAGAUAAUAAUAAUAAAGAAGCAAGUAAACCAAAAAAAAA